AGUGAGAUUGAGACAGAUCAUGGUGUUGCCACGGCGGCCCGGCUGGGAGGUUCUGCUGCUGUUCUGGGGCUCCUGGGGGUGCUGGGCAUCCCCAGUCCCCCUCAUCCCCUGCCCAGAGACCUGCGUCUGCCUGGAUCACACCCUGAUCAACUGCUCCUCCUCUGGGCUCCCCCACGCUCCACAACACCCUUCCAUGGACAGAACCGCAGAUUUAGAUCUAUCCCACAACCUCCUGAGCUCCGUAGCUCUCCGCAGGCCUAACCCGGAGCUCCUGGCCCUGCGGCUGGGGAACAACCAGAUAUCCUAUCUCUCUCUCUGCCUCAAUGAGUGGAGCUCCGAUAGGGUUGGACGCCGCAUGCCGUCCCCUGGGGCCUGGAGGAGCCAGAGGAGCCAGAGGUGUGUCUCCUGGGCUCCCGGUCUGCUGCUGCUAUCGAUGGAGAGGAAUCGCCUGGCUGAGUCACCCCGGGGGCUUGGAGGGAGCCGGGCUCUGCAGGUUCUCCAGCUCUCCUACAACCAGAUCUCCACCCUGGAGGCAGGGGACUUGGAGGGUCUACAUCAGUUGAAGGAGCUCCAUCUGCAACACAACCUCAUCAGCAGCCUACACCCUCGGGCCUUCGUAGGCCUCACCAAUCUCACUGUCGUCGACCUCAGCUUCAACCUGCUGACGAGCCUCUCUCCAGCAACCUUCUGGUCCCUGCGGUUGGGGCUGGUGGUCAGGGGUGGUGGAAACCCGUGGAGGUGUGACUGUGAAAUGGCUAACCUGAAGAGGCGGAUGGCCCUGGAUGAAGACGAAGACCAGCGGCUAUGGUUGGACAUGGUGUGUCACUCGCCUUCCUCGCUUGCGGGGAGAGAUCUGCUCCAGCUCCACGAAGAGGACUUUGGGUGUGGCGGUGCCAAGAACAAGCCUGGGCUCCAUCAGGAUCUCACCGUCGACCACGGGUCUACUGUUCUGCUGCCUUGCUCAAUGCAAAAAGGUUCAACCUGGUGGACUCCCAAAGGUCAAGUGUCCGCCAACGAGUCUCAGGCGGGUCUACUGAUGAGUGAUAUCACAGAGAGGGAUGCAGGGCUUUAUAUUUGUUUGUCCCAAUCACACAAAGAUAUUGUAUCUGUUUACAACCUGAAAAUCAGGAAACAGGCGAGGGCUAACAGCAGAUUGCCCAGAAGUUUACCCGUCGACACCCAAGGGAUAGGCAGAGCGGGUCAAGUAAGGGCCAUGAAAGAGAAUCAGCGCCUGGGUCUGGCUGUGGGUCUAUCUAUUUUCUUCACUUUCCUGGUGGCGUUUAUCCUCGGCGUCUUCGCUAGACCAUGUAUCGAUGUACUCUGCCAAAAGGUUUGCGUUAAGAAAAACGCUCCCGCUCAACCAGGCUCAGUCUCGUCCGCAGGUCAGAGCCCCUACGACAACCAGGCCUACUCGGACGAAGAGGAUGACCCAGAGAUUGUGUCUGUCAGAGAGCGGAGAGUGACCUUCAGUACCCAAGAAAACCAGGAGGAAAGCAUGAACUAUAAAGUUACUUGGGCAAGUGGGCAACCGAAAAACCAGUCCUCUUCUUCUGAUGAGGAGCAGGGCAACAGUACAAGGACAAAGAUGAAGUCCUUGAAAGCCUCGUGCUCUCAGCCCGUUGACAGUGAGCUGGGAGAGCGAGGGAGGCUGUCCUCUUCUUCUGAUGAGGAGCAGGGCAACAGUACAAGGACAAGGAAAAAGUCCUUGAAAGCCUCGUCCUCUCAGCCCGUUGACAGUGAGCUGGGAGAGCGAGGGAGUCUGUCCUCUUCUUCUGAUGAGGAGGAGGGCAACAGCACAAGGACAAAGAAGAAGUCAUCGAUAGCCUCGCCCUCUCAGCCCGUUGAUAACUGUAUCAACCAGAAGGAGACUGAUUUAGAAUUCACCUCUGAACCGUUUGCUGAUUGGUCCCCACACCUGAACGAUGCAAAGCUCAGGGACCAGGACCAGCCAAACGACAGCGGAGAUGCCUUUGAUUUCCCUGAGUCCAUUCAAAGUGGUUCAGCAAGGUCCAGUAGUCUAUCUGGAUCUUUUAAUCAUUCAAAAAAAAUUGUUUUCCCAACUUCAAAUGAUUUGAGACAAGCUAACAGGUCCAGGUCCAGCUCCAGCUCUGCCUCUCAUCUCAGUGAGGAUGAGUCGACACAAUACACUGUGAACCAAGAAACCGAGGAGUGGGCCGGAAUGGGAAUGGACCAGGAUGUGCAAAACAUUGAUCAAACUAAGAUCAUUAAAGGGGUUGUUAGCUUUGACAAACAGACCCAUUCAAAACAACCAAUCAGUAUUACUUCAGAGGAGGUGUUGGAGGGUGAGCUACAAAACACCCAAAUGGCCCCAGAUCACUUUGAUUCAUCUCUUUCUUCUUCCUGUGAAAGUGAUGAUGAGGUCACAGAGUACACAUUGAAUCAAGGAGCAGCUGAUGAAGAUGAGGGAACAGGAAGGAAUAGCAAGAACAUUGACGCUCAAAACAAUGUCUGGCCCAAGUUGGAUUUCAGCCACGUCACUCGUAUCAAACAGCGUCUUGAUAUUACAGUGGAAACAAUAAACACAGGUCCUGCAGUAACCUCGAAAGACACAGGUUCAGUCUACAGGACUCAUGUCAAACCACGUUUGGAUAUUAAAGCAUCAACGGAUUUCACCUCCAGCAGCAGUGAGAGUGAAGAGGAGAACACUAAGAUUGAAAAUGCCUAUCAGCCCCAUCUAUGCCUGGGCACAGUGAAUCCAUCCAAGGAUUUUGAAAUCUAUGCACAGGAAAAUACAUGGCCUGAAUUAGAUCUCAACAACAUCACUGGCGUCAAACGGCAUCUUGAUAUCAAAGUAGUAACAGAGAGCACAGGUCCUGCAGUGCCCCUGAAUGACACGGAUCAGGACUACAGGUACCAUGCCAAUCCACUCCCAGUGAUCAAAGAAUCAACAGAUUUCACCUCCAGUAGCAGUGAGAGUGAAGAUGAGCCUAAAUUACACCUGGACACAGUGAGCCCAAUCAAGGAUAUUGAAAUCAAUGCACAGGAAGACAGAUGGCCUGAGUUGAAACUCGGCAAGGUCAACCGUGUCAAGAGGCGUCUUGAUAUCAAGGCAACAACAGAGACCACAGAUCCUGCAGUGUUACUGAAGGACACAGAUCAGGACUACAGGUGGUCUCAAUUGGAUCUUGGCAACAUCAACCAAGUGAAACAGCCUGUACAUAUCAAAGCAUCAACCGAUUCCAACUCCAGCAGUGAUAGUGAUGAGGAGCCCACUUAUGUGAGAACGAGGAUAGAAAACACGUCUCCACUCAUAGCGCAUCUUGGCACGGUGAGCCAGAAGAAGGAAUCUGAAAUGAAUGUGCAGAAUGAAAAUUGGCCUGUGCUGGAUCUCAGCCAUGUCACCCGUGUCAAGAGGCGUCUCGAUAUCAAAGUAGCAACAGAGAACACAGGUCCUGCAGUGACCCUGAGGGACACAGAUCAGGACUACAGGUAUAAUGUAAAACCAUCCAACCAUCCAGAUUUCACAGCAUCAACAGCUUCAACGUCAAGUAGUAGUGAGAGUGAAGAAGAGCCUAAUAUGCACCUGGACAAAGUGAGCCAAAUCAAAGAUUUUGAAAUCAAUGCACAGGAAGACAGAUGGCCUGAGUUGAAACUCGGCAACGUCAACCGUGUCAAGAGGCGUCUUGAUAUCAAGGCAACAACAGAGACCACAGGUCCUGCAGUGUUACUGAAGGACACAGCUCAGGACUACAGGUGGUCUCAAUUGGAUCUUGGCAACAUCAACCAACUCAAACCACCGGUAAAUAUCAAAGCAUCAACCGAUUCCACCUCCAGCAGUGAUAGUGAUGAGGAGCCCACUUAUGUGAGAACGAGGAUAGAAAACACGUCUCCACUCAUAGCGCAUCUUGGCACGGUGAGCCAGAAGAAGGAAUCUGAAAUGAAUGUGCAGAAUGAAAAUUGGCCUGUGCUGGAUCUCAGCCAUGUCACCCGUGUCAAGAGGCGUCUCGAUAUCAAAGUAGCAACAGAGAACACAGGUCCUGCAGUGACCCUGAGGGACACAGAUCAGGACUACAGGUAUAAUGUAAAACCACAUCCAGAUUUCACAGCAUCAACAGCUUCAACGUCAAGUAGUAGUGAGAGUGAAGAAGAGCCUAAUAUGCACCUGGACAAAGUGAGCCAAAUCAAAGAUUUUGAAAUCAAUGCACAGGAAGACAGAUGGCCUGAGUUGAAACUCGGCAACGUCAACCGUGUCAAGAGGCGUCUUGAUAUCAAGGCAACAACAGAGACCACAGGUCCUGCAGUGUUACUGAAGGACACAGCUCAGGACUACAGGUGGUCUCAAUUGGAUCUUGGCAACAUCAACCAACUCAAACCACUGGUAAAUAUCAAAGCAUCAACCGAUUCCACCUCCAGCAGUGAUAGUGAUGAGGAGCCCACUGAUGUGAGAACGAAGAUAGAAAACACGUCUCCACUCAUAGCGCAUCUUGGCACGGUGAGCCAGAAGAAGGAAUCUGAAAUGAAUGUGCAGAAUGAAAAUUGGCCUGUGCUGGAUCUCAUCCAUGUCACCCGUGUCAAGAGGCGUCUCGAUAUCAAAGUAGCAACAGAGAACACAGGUCCUGCAGUGACCCUGAGGGACACAGAUCAGGACUACAGGUAUAAUGUAAAACCACAUCCAGAUUACACAGCAUCAACAGCUUCAACAUCAAGUAGUAGUGACAGUGAAGAGGAGAUCAUGGGUCCUGUAGUGAAUCUGGAGGACAUUUAUGUGAAAACUAAAGUGGAAAAUGCUUAUCAGCCUCAUUUGCACGUGGGCACAGCAAGCUCAAUCAAGGAUUUGGAAAUCGGUGCACGGGAUGACGGAUGGCCUGAGUUGGAUCUCGGCAACGUCAACCGUGUCAAGAGGCGUCUAGAUAUUAAGGCAACAACAGAAACCGGGAAUCCUGCAGUGACCCUGAGGGACACAGAUCAGGACUACAGGUUUCAUGUUAAACCACGUCCAGAAUCAACAGCAUCAACAGAUUCAACAUCAAGUAGUAGUGAAAGUGAAGAGGCGACCCCAGGUCUUCUAGUGAAUCUGGAUGAUUCUUAUGUGAAAACUAAAGUGGAAACUGCUUAUCAGCCCCAUUUGCAACUGGGCACAAUCAAGGAUUCAGAAAUCAAUGCACGGGAAGAAAGAUGGCCUAAGUUAAAUCUCAGCAACAUUAGUGGCAUCAAACAGCGCCUCGAUAUCAAAGUCAAACCACAUCCAGAGAUCAAAGAAUCAACAGAUUUCACCUCCAGUAGCAGUGAGAGUGAAGAGGACUUCACUGUAGUUAAUCUUGAUAACGCUUAUGUGAAAACUAAGGUUGAAAAUGCUUAUCAGCCUAAAUUACACCUGGACAAAGUAAGCCCAAUCAAGGAUAUUGAAAUCAACGCACAGGAAGACAGAUGGCCCGAGUUGGAUCUCGGCAACGUCAACCGUGUCAAGAGGCGUCUUGAUAUCAAGGCAACAACAGAGACCACAGGUCCUGCAGUGUUACUGAAGGACACAGAUCAGGACUACAGGUGGUCUCAAUUGGAUCUUAGCAACAUCAACCAAGUGAAACAGCCUGUACAUAUCAAAGCAUCAACCGAUUCCACCUCCAGCAGUGAGAGUGAUGAGGAGCCCACUGAUGUGAGAAUGAAGAUCGCAAAGUUCUCUCCACCCAUAGUGCACCUGGGCAUAGUGGACCCAAAUAAGGAAUCUGAAAUGAAUGUGCAGAAGGGAAAUUGGCCUCUUGUGGAUCACAACCGUGUCAAGAGGCGUCUUGAUAUCAGAGUAGGAACAGAGACCACAGGUCCUACACUGAUUCUAGAGGACGCAGAUCAGGACUAUAGGUACCAUGUCAAAACACGUCGAGAAACUUCCACGGAUUAUACCUCCAGUAGCAGUAGCAGUGACAGUGAAGAGGAGAGCAGGGGACCUGCAAUGAAUGUGGAUGACAAAACUAAGGAAGAAAAUACACAUAAGCCUAGUUUGCACCUAGGCACAGUAAAACCAAUCAAGGAUACGGAAGUCGAUGCAAAAAACGACAGGUGGCCCGAGUUGGAUCUCAGUCGACUCCCCCAUAUCAAGAGGCGUCUUGAUUUCAAAGCAUCAACAAAGACCCCAAGUUCUGCCGUGGAUGACACUGACGAUGACUGGUGGUCUUAUACAGAUCUCGAUAAUAUUACCCGUUCUAAAAGGCGUUUGGAUAUCAAAGUACCAACGCCCUUACCAGAGAGGACCUCCAUUAGUAGUGGAUUACCAUUGCAGUCUCGUUCUUCCUCAUCCAGUAAUGACAGUGAUGGGGAGAUGAAAGUCCAAAUGGUAAAAGAAGAAAGAGAAGACCCCGUUGUCGGAACCAUGAGUGAGAUCAGAUGGCCGGACCUUAAUCCCCGCGUCCCUCGCAUCAAGAGGCGUAUUGAUGUUAAGACACCUUUACCAAUACCACAUCCAGGAAAAGUUGACCCUGUUCAAAAUGAUAUAGGGUCUUCCACGAGUGAGAGUGAGGAUGAAAAACAAGUGCAAACACGUCAGCAUGAAAGUGAUGUGCAUGUGUUAUCACCGACCACUAAAAAUGAGUCAAUUGUACACUUCAAAGGGCCAUUAUAUGACGACUCUCUCACUUCGAAGAGAGAUCCAAUUAUUAAAUUAGAGAAGUAUGCUGUGAUUACAGAUGGGUUGGAUGACAAUAACAAAGGCCUCAAGAGUAUCCCAGGACCAGAAUACACCCCAGAUCUGGAGUCCCGUUGGGCAGGGCUCAAUCUUGGGAAAUCGCGCUUAAGACAGCGUCUCGAUAUCAGCGCCAACAAGGCUGCUCCACUCAAGGUAUCAUCUGAAACUGAGAUACGGUCUUCUAGCGGGGAGAGAGUGGAUAAGAUCAAGGAAUGGGCAGAGAAGAGUAGCAGUGUUAAGGAUUCGGACAUUGAUGCACAGAAAGAAACAUGGCCUCUGGUGGAUCUCGGAAACGUCACUGGCGUCAAGAGGCGUCUUGACAUCAAAGUAGCAACCCCAUCACCAACAUCGAGUAGCGGUGAUAGUGGAGAAGCCAACAGUUGGCCUGUGUUGGACCUUGACAACAUCUCCGGCAUCAAACGGCGUCUUGAUAUCAAAACAACACCAUCAUCAAAUAUUUCAAUCGAAGACUGGAACACCAGACUGGAAUCUCCGCCUCCUGUUCCAGACUCCUCCACCAGUAGCGAGAGUGUGAAUGCCUCAAUGCGUCACAGGAGGGUGGACUUCCCGGAGUACCAUACUCACGGCCCGGCUCGCUCUUUUGCUCAGUCUGUCAGGGGAACCUCAGACACAGAGGUGGAUAGCUCCUUUACAACAGUAGACAUCAAGGGGUGGCAUUCUGUGAAGAUGGGCACGCAGGAGAGGAGGGGCCUGGGCGCUCUGAGAGCCAUGUCCUCAGAGAGGAAAAGGUGGGACACGGACGACAAGGAGCUAGGGGCUGAAGGGUCCUCUCAGCAAAACAGCCAUCAGGGUCUUCCCUUAAGAGAGGCCCCCAGUUUGAACUAUUCGUUCUCUGGUGAGGACUUAGAACCUCAUAGCAGUAUCAUAUCAGUACAAGAAGCUAGAGCUCCAGAAAGACUCCCGAGGUCACGCCAGAGAACCGAGUAUCAGAACAGACUCAUGGGACGUGACAGGCAGGGUGGGGAUACUAAAGUAGAUUUAAGACAUCCUCCAGAAUACUUAGAAAUACAGAACUCCACACUGUUUGACUCAUCAAAUCCAAUGUCUGAAGUUUAACUAGGUGUAGCCUACAAAUGUAUUUAUAACUAGGCAUUUAUGUAACGUUUAUUGAUGUCAUUUUCGUAAAGAAACAAUCAUGUUUAAUCAAAUUCUGUCAGUGAACUUGUAUGUAACAUGAAUGAAUAAUGACCAGAAUCUGUACUUAACUUCACAAAUAUUAUCUUGUAGAUCCUGUACGAUUUUUAAUAUAUACUGAGUAACUGUAACAAGAAAAACCUUUUGUUUAGUUAUUUUAAGGAAAUUUGUAUUAAAGUGACAACAUCGAGACAAGCAUUAAGUCAAUAAACCCCUUUAUUUGUAUAUAUAGACAUAGGUUAUAGUGAAAACAGACAUAUAGACACAUACAUACAUAGUUUACAUACAUAUAUACAGUCAAGACCAGGUGGACACAUCCUCUGCAUUGCCAUCGAAGAAUCCACUCUAAAUCAGUCUUAACAACUAGGCCUACUGCUAACAAACUCUUACAAACUGAUUGGCUGAUGCUUUCUAAUAGCAAAACUGGGAGAGUAAAAUCUGACUGCAUUGGGUGUUGGGAACUCAAUAGGUCACUUUCAUAGGUCGAGGUUUGCUGAAAUACUACCAACUAGUGGUGAUAAGAAGGCAUUUCAAGUAAGAUCUUUGGAUGCUACACACAUCUUUGCUUUCCGCACAUUUUGCUUUCCAUCAAUAUUUCGGAAACCAAGGCUACGGACCAGAGACCAGCGACUGGACUGCCUGUUCUGAAAGCCAGACAUCCAAGCAGCGAUGGCCAGAAUAGACCAGAGUCUGGCAUCGGUCAACAAAUGGAGAUUUGAAGCAGAGGAAGUUGAUACAACCUUUGAGUUUCUUUUUUUUUUUGUACCUUCAACGCUGACAAAUCUUUAUGUCCAUUUAUGAAAGGUACCAAUGAAGUUCAACAUUCCAAUGCAGCUUGUAACCUCCCAUUGGGUAAAAAGUGACGCUGUAAACUGGAGGUUGCGUCAUAGACCUCUACAGAAUGUGCACUGAUAUGCCACAGGGGGCCGAAUGAAGGAAGGAACUACAGUUCCACUGAGGAUAAAAGGUCCGUUCCGGGUCUUAACGGACACCAUAUCAGGGGUCUCAGAGAAAGUCUUCGGACUCUUGAAUACCAAAUUAAAAGCACAAAAAGUUCUCACUAAUUCCUGUACAAAAC